AUGCGCCUCUUGGGAGACUGCCGAGGCGAGCCUCUGACCGUGACCGUGACCGUGACCGUGACCGUGACCGUGACCGUGACCGUGACCGUGACCGUGACCGUGACCGAAAACGAGGUCGAGAUCGAGAUCGAGGCCGAUGCUGAGAUCGAGGCCGAGACCGAGACCGAGACCGAGACCGAGGCCGAGAUCGAGAUCGAGAUCGAGAUCCUGGGCGGUAUCCCGGGCGAAUCGAACGUCGGCGGGGCGUCGUAG